AUGUCGAACGUUAUGGCUGCAGAAGAAAAGGGAAAAGUAGAGGCCUAUGGAUGGGCAGCUAGAGACGCCUCAGGAAUCCUCUCACCCUUUCACUUUACUAGAAGGGCAAAUGGCGAAAAUGACAUCACCGUCAAGAUUCUCUAUUGUGGGAUUUGCCAUAGCGACCUUCAUUUUCUCAAGGAUGACUUCGGCAUGACCCUGUAUCCUGUUGUUCCCGGGCACGAGAUCGUGGGCGAAGUGACAAAAGUGGGUCGUGGUGUCUCAAAAUUUAGGGUGGGUGACAUAGCUGGUGUGCCUGGCCUAUGUGGCUCGUGUGGGUCGUGCUCUGAGUGCAACCAGGGUCUUGAAGUGUAUUGCCCAAAAAUGAUAUUAACCUUCAGUGCACGAGACCAUGACGGAUCAGUAACCCAAGGCGGCUACUCCGAUAAGAUUGUGGUGGACGAGCACUUUGCCGUGGUGAUUCCAAGAACUCUGCCACUGGACGGAGCUGCCCCGUUGCUGUGUGCUGGAAUCUCAGUAUACAGCCCCAUGACGAGCCAUGGACUGGCUCGUCCUGGUUUGCAUUUGGGCGUGGUAGGGCUUGGGGGGCUCGGCCACGUGGCAGUCAAGUUCGCCAAAGCUUUUGAAAUGAAAGUGACGGUGAUAAGUACUUCUCCCAGCAAGAAGAAGGAAGCAUUGGAACGUCUUGGUGCCGAUGCCUUCUUAAUCAGCAAAGACCAACAACAAUUGCAGGAUGCUGUGGGCACGAUGGACGGAAUAAUCGACACAGUUUCGGGGCCUCACUCGAUCUCGCCAUUGAUCGGUUUGCUGAAGACUCAUGGAAAGUUGAUUCUGGUGGGCGCACCAUCGACGCCACUCGAGUUCUCGGCCAUGUCUUUACUUAUAGGGGGGAAGACAAUUACAGGGAGCGCGGGAGGAGGGAUGAAGGUGGUGCAAGAGAUGGUGGAUUUUGCAGCGAAGCACAGGAUCAGUGCCGAAGUAGAGGUGAUACCGAUGGAGUAUGUGAACACAGCCUUAGAGCGACUCGCAAACAAUGAUGUCAAGUACCGUUUCGUCAUCGACGUCGCAAAUACCAUCAACUCUCCCGCCAUGGCUGCACAUUGAUGCACGCCGCCAUUGUUUUACUAUACUUUUGUAUAGCAGUUUUAGAACUCAGGGCUCUGUUCUUCUAUCUUGUA